UGGGUCCUGCUGCUCCUGGGGGGCUCCCGGUCCUCCCGGCCACCGGGGGGCGCUGAGGAGCAAGAGCCAGCAGGGGGCGCCCUGGAGGUGUCUCUACAGCUGCCGCCGCUCCGCCCCUCCGACGACGGCUCCUUCGUCUGCUCCGUCACCGCCCCCCGCGGCCACGCCCAGCAGGUCCUGCGCCUGCGCGUCAUUGCCCCUCCCCGGGUGUCCGUGGUCCCGUCCCCCCUGGUGCUGCUCCCGGGGGUCCCGGCGGAGCUUCGCUGCGACGCCGUCGGCUUCUUCCCGCUGGACGUGGGGAUCCGCUGGGAACGACACCACGGGGUCGGGGGGUCCCGGCGGGCGCUGCCGGUGCCCGCGGGGGACACGUGGAGCUCCGGGCACCGUCGGGCGGCCGACGGGUCCUUCGGGCGCAGCGCCGGGCUCAGGGUGACACGGGCGGAGCACGGGGACAGCUACGACUGCGUGGUCACACACCCGGCCUGGGGGGAGCCCAGCAGGGUCAGCGUCGGAGUGGAGGUGGCGGGUGAGGAGGGGGGAGGGG